CUGGCAACUCUGCCUGAGUGUGUGUGAAAGAGAGUAUUAAACAAAUAAAUUCCACGGUCCACGUUGUGAUAUUUAACAUUGGAAAAAAAUAAAUAAAUAAAUUAAAACAGAUAUCAACAUGUCAUUUGGUGGCGGUCGUGGUGGUCGUGGCGGCGGUUUUGGCCGAGGAGGUGCUGGUGGAGGAGGUCGAGGACGAGGUGCUGGUGGUUUUGGCGGUCGAGGAGGUAGCUUUGGUGGACGAGGUGGCCGAGGAGGUGGUGGUGACAGAGGUCGAGGAUUUGAUCAAGGACCACCAGAUCAUGUUGAACCUCUUGGACGUUUUGAAUGGACUGUACAAGAUGAUCUUGUUGCUAAAGUCGAUAUUGAACAAGUACCAUAUUUCAAUGCACCAAUUUACACAGAAAGUAAACAGCAAAUUGGCAAGAUAGAUGAAAUUUUUGGAAAUAUCAGAGAUUAUUACGUGUCAAUAAAGUUGUCUGACAAUGUCAAAGCAAGCAGCUUUGAAAAAAACACCACAUUGUUCAUAGAUCCAGCUAAAUUAUUGCCAUUGCAAAGGUUCUUGCCAAAAGCACCAGGCUCUGUAACCAAAGGUGCUGGACGAGGCAGAGGUGGUGGCAGAGGAGCUGGUGGUCGUGGGGGUGGUGGUGGCUUUGGCGGUCGCGGGGGAGGUCGCGGAGGAGGAGGUAGAGGAGGUGGCGGGUUUGGCGGUGGGCGUGGGGGUGGUGGUAACCGAUUUAGUGGCGGUGGCGGCAGAGGGGGUGGAGGUGGACGAGGAAGGUGGUAA